AUGCUUAUGCCACGUCAAAUCUCAUUUCUGGCUCUAUUAGGCUUGAAUUCAGCUUCAAUUGCGUACGAGAAUCAAACUCAGUCCCCUGGAAUCGGUGGGCAGGUUCUAGUCACGCCCUCUCAAUACGAUUUUCCAGUUCUUCAGAAUGGAUCCUACCAAAACCAAGGACAAUUUCCAAUGCCGUUAUGCCAUGGAAUUACCCUGGAAGAGGCGACAAUUGACCAACUCCAAGGUUACAUGGCUGCUGGUAAUCUGACAUCGGUUCAACUGGCCAUGUGCUACGUACAAAGGAUACUGCAGACGGACGAGUAUACCAGUGCCAUUAUGGAAAUGAAUCCAGACAUGUUCGAGAUUUCUGCCAAUCUGGACUUAGAGCGAUCUCAAGGUCAUGUUCGGGGACCCCUUCAUGGAAUUCCAUUCAUUGUCAAAGACAAUAUAGCGACAAAAGACAAGAUGGAAACGACAGCAGGAGCCUGGAUGUUGUUAGGAUCUGUUGUUCCGAGGGAUGCUUAUGUCGUGGCUCGGCUAAGAGAAGCCGGAGCUUUACUGAUGGGCCAUGCCACUCUGAGUGAGUGGGCAGAUAUGAGAUCAAACUCAUAUUCAGAGGGCUAUUCUGCGAGGGGCGGACAGGCUAGAUCGCCAUAUAAUCUGACAACCAACCCUGGUGGAAGUAGUUCUGGAAGUGCAGGUGCGGUUGCUGCUAAUUUGGUUAUGUUUUCGUUGGGUACGGAGACGGACGGAAGUGUGAUAAAUCCUGCAGAGCGUAACGGGCUGGUAGGUAUCAAGCCCACUGUUGGGUUGACAUCUCGAGAUGGGCAAGUCGAUCACUCACUCUUAAACCACGUGACUAAUUAUUGUAGUGUCAUCCCAGAAUCCCACAAUCAAGACACAGUUGGCUGCCUAACAAGAACUGUCGUUGAUGGAGUUUAUUGCUUGGACGGUAUUUAUGGUCGUGACCCUCGCGAUAAUUACACACUUGUUCAAGAAUCUCCCGACAAUGGCUACACCCAGUAUCUCCGCAAUUCCUCAGCAUUAUCAGGCAUGAGCUUCGGGCUUCCAUGGCUGUCAUUCUGGCAAUACGCCUCGUUAGAUAUGCAAAGCCAGCUUCUCGAACUGAUCGACAUAAUUACCGAUGCCGGUGCAACAGUGAUCAACAGUACCGAACUACCAAGCUGGCAACAAUCUAUCAGCCCUGAUGGAUGGGACUGGGAUUACGGCACUACUCGUGGCUCCCCAAACGAAUCCGAGUACACCUAUGUGAAAACAGAUUUCUACAACGAUAUAACAGCGUAUCUUGCAAAUCUCAACAACACUUCAAUUCGAACACUCGAAAAUAUCAUGGAAUAUAACGUUCAAAACGUUGGUUCUGAGGGAGGACUACCCAACGUCCAUCCCGCGUUCAAAUCCGGCCAGGACGGAUUCAACGCCUCCCUUCAAACCCGCGGCAUCAUGGACGAAACCUACUGGCAAGCCCUUAACUUCUGUCAUCGCAUGACCCGGGAAGAUGGAAUAGACGGUGCUUUAUUCAACAACGGAAGUUCUCUGACAGCUCUAUUAGUCCCAAGUGAUGUCGGGCAGACAUAUCAAAUCGCUGCGCAGGCAGGAUAUCCAAUGAUCACGCUCCCGGCAGGUAUAACACCGGAGACGGGUAUGCCAUUCGGAUUGGGUAUCAUGGGAACGGCAUGGAGUGAAGGGACUUUGAUCUCGGUUGCUAGCGCUAUUGAGGAUUUGCAGUUUAAAAGUGGGACGGGGUUGAAGAGAAGUUUGCCUAGGUGGUUGGAUUAUCGGGCGAGGAAUGUGCCGGUUAAUAAUGUAUGA